GAAGGUGGACUGCGUCUGGGGUGCGGGUGGGGGGUCCUGGACCUUUGGAUGAGGUGCCAUCCUGGCUAGGGAGGAUUCCUGGCUAGCGAGGAUUCCUGGCUACUGCCCCCCUUGUGCUUGGCUGCGCCUGGGGAGAUCGGCUUAUUCCCUCUCUCCCUGGGGUCCUGUGGCAGCAGGGGCUUGGGACAUGGGACCUCUGGGGACCUCCAGGUCUUGUUUUUCUGUCCCAGCCAACUGGUGCUGGAGGCUCAGCUACCCCAAAAGCUCAUGCAGAGGAAGGACAGGAGGAGCGCCCCAUGGUGGUGGGUUUGGCUCCCCUGUUUGCUUGCCGUGGCCUCGGUGAAGCCUUUGUCCAUGUCUGUGCAGAUUAUGCAGACCAGCCCCUGGAGAAGCCUUUGAAGCUGGUCCUUAAGGUUGGGGGGAGUGAAGUGACUGAACUCUCGGGAUCUGGCCACGACUCCAGUUACUACGACGACAGGUCCGACCACGAGCGAGAGAGACACAAAGAAAAGAAGAAGAAAAAGAAGAAGAAGUCAGAGAAGGAAAAGCGUCUUGAUGAUGAAGAAAGGAGGAAGCGGAAGGAGGAGAAAAAACGGAAACGAGAAAAAGAACACUGUGACACCGAGGGGGAAGCCGACGACUUUGACCCAGGCAAGAAGGUGGAGGUGGAAGCGCCCCCUGAUCGGCCCGUGAGAGCCUGCCGGACACAGCCAGCUGAGAACGAGAGCACUCCAAUCCAGCAGCUACUGGAGCACUUCCUCCGGCAGCUCCAGAGGAAGGACCCUCAUGGGUUCUUUGCCUUCCCUGUCACGGAUGCAAUCGCUCCUGGGUACUCCAUGAUCAUCAAACACCCGAUGGACUUUGGCACAAUGAGGGACAAGAUUGUGGCAAAUGAGUACAAGUCAGUCACAGAAUUCAAGGCAGAUUUCAAACUGAUGUGUGACAAUGCGAUGACAUACAACCGACCAGACACUGUGUACUACAAGCUUGCCAAGAAGAUCCUGCAUGCCGGCUUCAAGAUGAUGAGCAAGGAGCGGCUGCUAGCUCUGAGGCGCAGCAUGUCGUUCAUGCAGGACAUGGAUUUCUCUCAGCAGGCAGCUCUUCUGGGCAGCGGAGAGGCCGCUGUUGAGGAACCUGCUCCCGAGGUUGCACCGGUCCAAGUAGAAACGGCCAAGAGAGCCAGAAAGCCGAGUAGAGAGGUCAUGAGCUGCGUGUUUGAGCCUGAAGGCAAUGCAUGCAGUCUGACAGACAGUACUGCCGAGGAACAUGUGCUGGCGCUCGUGGAGCAUGCGGCGGACGAGGCUCGCGAUAGGAUUAACCGCUUCCUUCCUGGUGGCAAGAUGGGCUACCUGAAGAAGCUCUGUGAUGGAAGCCUGCUCUACAGCGUUGUCAAUGCGGCUGAGCCGGAUGCUGAUGAGGAGGAGACGCACCCUGUGGACCUGAGCUCCCUUUCCAGCAAGCUGCUCCCAGGUUUCACCACGUUGGGCUUCAAGGACGAGAGAAGGAACAAAGUCACGUUUCUCUCCAGUGCCAGUACUGCUCUCUCCAUGCAGAAUAACUCGGUGUUUGGGGACUUGAAAUCGGAUGAGACUGAGCUGCUGUAUUCAGCCUACGGGGAUGAGACGGGCGUGCAGUGUGCACUCAGCCUGCAGGAGUUUGUGAAGGAUGCUGGGAGCUACAGUAAAAAGAUGGUGGAUGACCUGCUGGACCAGAUCACUGGGGGAGACCACUCGAGGAUGCUGUUCCAGCUGAAGCAGAGGAGAAACAUCCGCACGAAGCCUCCAGAUGACGUGAAGGUUGGGGAUACGCUGGGAGACAGCAGUGCUUCCUCCCUGGACUUCACCUCCAUGAGGCCAUGCCCUGAGGUCUCCCUGGAUAUCUCCAUGAUCGGUACCCUGGGAAAAGUAAAGAAGGAGCUGCACCAUGAGGACGGCCACCUUAGCCUGGACGAGACAACGAAGCUCCUGCAGGACCUGCACGAAGCACAGGCCGAGCGGGGGGGCUCCCGGCCCUCGUCCAACCUCAGCUCCUUGUCCAAUGCCUCCGAGCGGGAUGCCCAUCACCUGGGAAGCCCUUCUCACCUCAGCGUCGGGGAGCAGCCCGAUGGGACACAUGACCCUUACGAGUUUCUUCAGUCACCAGAGCCCGCAGCCUCCGCCAAGAAUUAGCCUCAUCGCAGUCUCCAGCUGUCUCAUUGGAGAGUUAAGUUGCACGCACAUUUCUGUCGUGAGACAAAGACUUGCCCACCUUGGUGUGUGGGACUCAACGCCUGGAGUGAACUGUGACCCACUGGGCCUCAUCAUGGAUUCUGGGUGUGACUGGUGCCUUGGGCUGCCUGGGGCAGGCAGUGUCUGCACACACAUCCACAUUGCCCUGGGAGGCUGUCCUUGCAUGUCCCAUCACACACCCCCAUUGCCUGGCAGGCCAUGGCAGGGUCCCCGGGGCCAGUCUGAGGUGGAGCUGUGGCCCUGUUGCCGUUUGGUGAAUGAGCUUGCGAAAGGAGUGCACACGGGCCUGUGUUGUUGCUGAUACCUGCUGCCCCUCCGUGCAGUGCUGUGAGCACAAAUAAAGAGAUGCAAGGAGCACUUGGGGUGUGCCCCCGGGCGCCUGUGCGUGGGGACACCCAGGGCAUCCAUCAUCCCAGGGUGGGUGCAGGUUGGUGCUCAGUGGGCAACAGGCACGUCUAGCUAGAGCUCUGGGCUGUGGGAGGAUCCUCAGAAAGGUCUGUAGGUGAAGGAUCAGAAGCAGCCUUGCCCGUAGAGAAGAAAAGGUAUCAGUUAGAGAGUGGUGGGGCACACAGAGGGGAGCUGGCUUGUGUCUGCUGGGGUGUCCCUGGCCUCCCAUGCUUGCUCCUUGGCCUAGGUCGGCUCCCCAGGUAGCCAGAAAGUGGACAGUGGGCCCCAUGUCACUCUGGCAGGACAUCUCCAGGGUUGAAGUGGCCUGGAGUUCCAUGCCUUGCUCCCAAGCACAGCCUAUCAGGACAGCUCCUGGCUAGGGGCCCGUCUGUGUGCAGUGAUCACACAGGCCUUGGGCAGCCCUGCCCAGGACUUGGAUUCCCAACCUGGCCUGCUGUUCGGAAUGGAAGGGAGGAACUAUCAAGUCACAUGGCAUAAAUUCACCACCACUUGCAGUGGCAUGUGCAGCCAUCACCUCUCAGGUUCCUCAGCAAUCCGCUCUGAUAGGGGAGACCCUUGGGCACUCAUCUCCCACCUGGGAAUACCUGAUAGGUACCAGUCUCUGGUCAGCGUCUUGGGCAUGGGCAUCAGUGGACAGCAGGUGCCUCUUUGUGACUGCGUUGCUGAGUGUGUCUUCAUGGGUCAUUCCUGUGUAGCCAUGUGACUGUGGCCACUCCUGAGGG